UACAGAGCGACACACUCCUUCUUUCUCUUCAUCUUUCUCAAUUCUCCUCUCUUCUCUUCUCUUCCCUCCAAUUACACAAACACGCUCUCUAUUCAUCUCUACUUUAAUCAUAACCAAUUUCAUACCAACCCUAAUCGGAAUUGAAAAUGGCGGUGGAGGAGGGAACUGGCGGUGGUGGCACAACUAUCAUCGAUGAGAUUUACGAAUUCUGUGCGCCGAGAUUCUUUGAUUUCUUGAAAGGGGAAUCCGAUGAUGAUGUUCGUAGGGCUGAACUUUGGUUUCAUACCGCUUUAUCUUAUGCUCCUUCUCCAUUCAUGCCUAAAAUCAAGGCUGGUAGAUCCAUUACUGUAGAUACCUUAUGUGAUUUUAGUGAAGCUGACAAUAUGCCAAAGGUUGAAGACAGUGUUCUUGAAUCAAAUACUCGGCCACAGAGCAUUACUAGCAAAGUAAAGGAAGAUGAUAGAGCCAAGGAAGAAAAGGUUACAAUUGUUCCUCACAUGAAUUCUACCACUAAGAAAGAGGAUGCACCAUGCUGCGAGGCCGAAGAAAACAGUUCAACUUCUCUUGAGGAUGGUGUUGGUAAGAAAAUGAGUAAAGGGGAGAUCUUAAACACAGCAACAUCCACAAGGGGAGCAUCUGUUGAAGUAGGAAAAGAUGCUUGCACACCAAAACCAGCAUUGCGAAAAAGUGUCAAUGCCACUUCCACUAAUUCUAAGAAGCAACAGAACUCUAAGAAGGUAUCCACAAAUACCAAAACUCGGUUACAAUCAGGAGCCUCGAAGAGCGCUGCAGGGACUCUCCACUUCACCCAAGAGAACCAAGCCAUUAAAAGGCAAAAAUUAGAAGGAGGGAAAACUAGACAGAUUCUGAAUCUCAAACCUCAAACUUUGCCUCAUGAUAAGUCAAAACUGGGUUACUCUUCAAGUACUAGCAAAACUCAAAAAGAGGACAGAAAGGUUUAUGUUCGUGACACACCAAAAACACCAGCAGCACCAUUUAAAUCAAUGGCAGAAAUGAUGAAGAAAUUUGAGUCUAGUACGAGAGACCUGCCACUGCCCAACACUCUUUCCCAUACAAAACCGAAACUAACAUUGACCAAGCCUAAGUCACCUGAAUUUGAGACAAAUCAGCGGGUUCGCCCUGCUAGAGUGAAGAGCGCUGCUGAGCUUGAGGAAGAAAUGAUGGCUAAAAUGCCAAAAUUCAAGGCUCGAACACUAAAUAAGAAGAUUCUGCAAACUUCAACCUUGCCUCCCAUGCCAAGAAGUACACCCCAACCACCAGAGUUUAAGGAAUUUCAUCUAGAAACACUGGCUAGGGCUCAUCAAAAUACAGAUUCAGCUUCAAAAGCCUCAUCAGAGGUGUCUCAUAAGGAGAACUCAUCGAAACCUCAUCUCACUGAACCUAAACCUCCACUACUCCAAACAUCACUAAGGGCCCGCCCACCAACAGUGAAAAGCUCAUUAGAAAUUGAGCAAGAGGAACUUGAAAAGAUUCCUAAAUUCAAGGCAAGACCUCUAAAUAAAAAGAUCUUUGAAAGUAAAGGGGAUAUUGGAUUAUUCUGCCAUAUGAAGAAACAUGUUACCGAACCUCAAGAAUUUCACUUUGCAACAAGUGAGAGGUUUCCACCUCCUACCGCAGUGGCUGAUUUAUUUGACAAGCUUUCUUUGAAGUCUGAACCUGCACGUAAUACAAUUCCAAGAACCACUACUCCAAAUCCAUUCCAUCUGCACACUGAGGAAAGAGGAGCUGAGAAAGAAAAGAAACUGUACAUGGAACUUUUGCAAAAAGAAUUGGAAGAGGAAGCAACAAGGGUUCCAAAGGCUAACCCAUACCCCUAUACCACCGACUAUCCCGUGAUCCCACCAAAGCCAGAACCCAAACAAUGCACAAAACCAGAGCCUUUUCAAUUGGAGAGUCUAGUGAGACAUGAGGAAGAAAUGCAAAGGGAACAAGAAGAAAGACUUAGAAUGGAAAGACAAGAAGCACAGAUGAGAAAAUUUAAGGCGCAACCAGUAUUAAAAGAGGACCCAAUCCCAGUUCCAGAGAAGGUCCGCAAACCCCUUACACAGGUUCAAGAGUUUGAUUUACAUUUGAAUCAUCGGGCCGUGGAUAGAGCACAAUUUGAUCAGAAGAUUAAGGAGAAAGAAGUGGUAUACAAACGAUACAGAGAGGAAAGUGAAGCAGCAAGAAUGAUAGAGGAAGAGAAGGCACUGAAACAGAUGAGAAGGACAAUGGUCCCACAUGCUAGACCGGUUCCAAACUUUAAUAAUCCUUUUUGCCCACAAAAGACUUCUAAAACAACAAAACCCAAGUCACCAAACUUGCGUGUACUCCAAAGAAGACGGUUCAAUGGUUCCACAACUUCGAGUCCUGCUACUAGCAUGAGAUGAAGACGGUAUCAGAUCUGAUCAAAGUUUUUGGUGUUCAAGAACUCUUGAAUCCUUGACACCUCCCUCUAGGUGUCACUGUAAUAGUGUAAUAGUUAAAUCUGUAUUCUUUGAUGUAAAUUUUUCAAAAUUGCAGGUAAUGCAUCUGUAUAAACUAUUUGUGAUACCAAUUCAACAUUAAUAUUGGUAAAUUAAGAUUAUGAACUGUUUGAGGAAUAACUGAGGAAUAACUCAUGAAGACUCUGAGUUAGUCCAUAUAAGUUUAUGAUACUUUAAAAUUAUGAA